CUUGGCACAUCUGUCUUAUUCUCUGGAACCUCAUCCACGCAUUGCUGCAGUAAGAAAGCGGGCGGGGUGCUCUCGGCUCGACCCUUGGGAGACGUCAGGCUGGCGGAACCGCGGUUCGGCGGCUGGCGAGGGCGCCCGGAGGCUUUUCGCCCGAACUCCCGCCUUAGCAACGCGCGCCUCGUUGCUAAGGGCGGAGGCGCGAGAGGCUGUGGAUGCCCUCGGGGUUGGUGCCCCCAGUCGGCCUCGGCUCCUGGCCCGGCUGGCCCUCUGGGAACACAACUUCCAGCAGCCACAAGGUAUGUUGCUACGCAGGUGCCAUCUGAAAUGAGCUCUUCCCCAGAAGGUUUCGUGCAGGUUCUGUGCAGUGAUGGGGAAAUUGCAAAGCAAACUCAAACACAGCACUUAUAAAUACAGCAGGCCUGAUGGAAUUAUAGAAGAGAGAAUUCAAACUAAAGCUUUUCAAGAGUACAGCCCAGCUCAUGUGGAUACCGUCUCUGUUGUUGCCGCUUUGAACUCAGACCUCUGUGUCUCUGGAGGAAAAGAUAAGACAGUGGUGGCCUAUAACUGGAGAGCUGGAAAUGUGGUGAAAAGGUUCAAAGGACAUGAACGUGAAAUUACCAAGAUAGCCUGUGUUCACAAAUCAGACCAGUUCUUCAGCGCCUCUCGCGACAAGAUGGUCAUGAUGUGGGACUUGGAAGGCUCCUCACAACCAAGGCAGCAGUUCUCUGGCCACACCAUGGUGGUCACUGGGUUGGCUGUGAGUCCAGACUCAUCACAGCUGUGCACUGGCUCCCGUGACAACAGCCUGCUACUGUGGGAUGUGGGCACCGGACAGUGUGCCGAGAGAGUGUCAGUCUCCAGGAACCUGGUCACUCACCUGUGCUGGGUCCCCAGAGAACCAUAUAUACUCCAGACUUCUGAAGAUAAAACCAUCAGACUGUGGGACAGUCGGGGGCUGCAGGUAGCUCAUGUAUUUCCCAUAAAGCAGCACAUCCAGACCUACUGCGAGGUCAGUGAGGAUGGACGCAGAUGUAUCUCCUGCAGCAGCGGCUUUGGAGGAGAAGGCUGUGAAGCCACAUUGUGGGACCUACGGCAGACUCGGAACAGAAUCUGUGAGUAUAAGGGGCAUUUCCAGACUGUUGCAUCCUGUGUCUUUCUACCAAGGGCAUUAGCCUUGAUGCCUGUAAUUGCUACCUCAUCACAUGACUGCAAGGUGAAGAUCUGGAACCAAGAUACUGGAGCCUGCCUCUCCACCUUGUCUCUGGAUGGAUCAGGACCCUUGACUUCCCUGGCUGUUGCUGACACCACCUCCUCAUUGUGUGCAAGUUUCAGCAGAGGAAUUCACUUACUCAGGGUGGACCACAGCCAAGGGCUGGAACUGCGGGAAGUGGCAGCAUUCUGAGGCCACGAGACCUUCCCUGGACAAUAGCAAACUGUGGCCCCUCCUUUCUCAGUGUGACUGUGUUUGUCCCUGUUACCCUGGGAGGGCAAUGUGGGGCUGGUGUUCUUUGCUUAGGUUCCCUUAGAAGGUAUGGCAGUGUUAGAAGUCAAUUUAAGUCCAGUGGUUCAAAAUCAGGUGCACAGAUUAGAAACAUAAGGUUCUCAAUCUAAGUUAAAUCCAAAUCCAGUUUCUCAUGAGCUUUGGGGACUGCUCUUCAAAAAAAAAAAGUUCAUGGCUCAGAACACAGGGUCUGAGUCUAUUGAACUGACCUUUUCCAUGUCUCUACAAAAGAAAAAAAUGCAGAGGGGAGAGAAACUCUGUUUUGGUUGCCUCACAAUUAUCUGACUGAGAAAGAAUAACACAUAGAGGAAAUGGAUUGUAGACAUGAGAUUAAGCUCUAAUCACUGACCCUUAACAAUGUGAAAGAUCAAAGUUAGGGCAAGAAAGCAAAAGCCUUGGCUUCUCCUCGGAGUCGCGGAGUGGGAGGAGGCAAACCCUGCCUGCCCUCGGAAGCCUCCUACACGGGUGCUGGGGCUGCGUGAAAAUGAGACCUGAGACGGCUCGAGGAGGCUGACGACCACAGCCCUCGCCCAGGGUUACAUGAGUUAUCAAACCUGUUCUGUGGAUAAGAAAACGGAGAGAUUAAAGCUUAAAUUUUUCAUUUGUAUAUUUUGAUAUUUUUAUUUAGUUUUAUACAAACUCCUGGGGAAUGACUAGAGUGAGGCAAAGGGAAUCUCCACAAUAACAGUGGAACAUACAGAAAAAACAGAAGGACGCACUCAACUGUGCCAGCCCCCAAGCCCCGGCCAAUGAGGAGGGGCAGGGUGCUCGGGCCAGGAGAUCAGUCCCCAGCCCAGUGCUCACAAGCCCGUUUCCCCAGGGAAAAUCAUCACGCCUGCCUUCAUGCAACCCACACAUAGGCAGCUGAGGCCUGGAGAGUUCCCUUCUAAUGAGUCCCAAAGAAAGAUGUAGCCUUUGUCCUCUCUUGCCAGUGGCUGACAGCCAUCUUCCUUGCUUACAAAUGGCAGCCACGGUUAUUUACUGCCCUCUCUGUCCAGAGUAAGGGCUCUCCUUCCCAUAUGACACACUUACCAUUCCUUCACCUGUUCUCCUUAGAUCUUAUUUUCUAAAGCUUUAGUCAUUGUUUAGCUUCCCUGCAAUUUCUUAGGUUACCGAUCUUUGAGCUCUGGAGGGACAAAGUGGGUGGUGGGAGAGGAAGCUGCUUCACUGAGCACCACAGACGGCCGAAUACGUGUGUUCUCACUGCAGUUCUGUUAUUCCCAUGUCGCCGCUGAGGAAGCUGAGGCCCAGGAACAUCCAGUCCUUUGCCCGAGGAUACACACGUAGGGAGGAAGGGGAGGAACGGAGAUUUGAACCUGGGUCUGCCUGAGUUUCCCCCUCACCCCUUUUGCCUCUGCAUGACGUCACAAAGUUCCUUUUAGAAAUUUGUAGACCAUGACAUUGUUUGUGUAUUUCCUAGACCAGUUAUUAACUUCUUGGUUCCAAGGAGAUCCUCCUGGACAGGUGCCCGGGAGCAGGAGACAGGUGUCUCAGGGAAAGUUCUAGUGUACUCUGAACUGUUAGUGCUACAGCUGAGCCUUUCUUCUAGAAGGAAGCCAGAAAAUCCAAAGGAGUGGGUUGGGAAGGGGAACAGAGGGAACAUACAUGUGAGAAAACAGAAGGCCUCUGAUGCGUUAGCCCAGUUCUAUUACCAAUAAAAAUUUCCCCUAUACUCUACACAUGUGCUGGAUGUAAAAAUUCCUCACCAGUGCAUUGUAAGUAGAAGAUAGAUUAAUAAUAUGAAAAUGAAUAUAUGUAUGUUCAUAUGACUGAAGCAUUAUACUGUAGACCAGAAAUUGACACAACAUUGUAAACUGACUAUACUUCAAUAAAAAUAUAUAUAUAAUAGAUUAAUAAACGCAAAGGUUUUUAUAGGAUUUUUUUCGUCUUAUAAGCCCUAAUCAGGUACUCUCAGCACGUAAGAUACAGGCUGCUAAAAUGCAUUCAUUUGUUCAUUGAACACUUCAUUUUAGAGGCUGCUCUUCUAAAAUCAUAGAAGGAAUUUUCCAAAGACAGUUCACUUUUUUUCUAGGAAAGCAUAUAAGCUCUUGAAAUCUGCCCAAGAGUAUAUUUGAAAAUUUAUGUAUUUACUUAUAUAUUUAUAAGUUAAAAAUAUACAUUUAAGGAAAAUGGUGAUUAUUCUUGACUUUUUAUUUUUUUGGUGCCUUAAACUAUCUUAUAAGAGGAACUUUAUUUUUACUAAAAGGUUAGAAAUGAGUUAGGAAACAGUGUUUUCUCUAAAACAGCUGCCAGGGUUUGUGAUGUAGGAAAUAGUAUCAUUGGUAGCACCAAAGUAUCAGACAAGUCCCCGUUAUCACUGUCUUCCUGAAUGAUGAUUGUAAAAGAAAGCUGCCCAGGAGUUCUGAAUUCACAGUCACUAAAGAAAUACUUGCU